AUGGGCGGAUUGCACUCGGUAAACAACGGAUCCGGGAAUGGGGGCGGAAGUGCCUCGACACCAACAACAGCAGGGCGGAAGAGACAGAGCGUGGACGGUGUUGAAUACCCACGAAGAAGAGCCACAAUCGCAUGUGAGAUAUGUCGGUCUCGAAAGUCCCGGUGCGAUGGCUCUCGUCCGAAGUGCCGGCUGUGCAUCGAGCUGAACGUCGAAUGCAUCUACCGCGAGCCGGGCAUCAAACUGGACGCAGGAGACAAGCUGAUUCUCGAACAUCUCAACCGGAUCGAAUCGAUGCUCCACAACGCGCUGCCGGCGAGCCCUUCGCAGAUGCAAAUGCACGGCGGUGCCGCAUCUCCGGCGGUCAGUGCGACCACCGGUCUCAGCGACGACAUCCUGGCGAAACCCACCCUGAACCUGGCCAACGCCGGUACCGGGGGCAACCAAGUUGGACUCGGUACCUGGACCAAUUUCUCGAGCAUGCCGAAAGUCCAUUCCACGCCCGCGCUCAACCUUUUGCAAUGGCCCAAGAUCAAGCAGCUCGUCUCCCGAGAAUACAAUCCACAACACCUAUUGCAGCUCGAGCUAAAUCGAACGCCAUUGCAACUCAACUCUUCCCUCACUCUCGACCUGUCGAACACUGCGGCAUACGUCCAGGCUUUCUUCGAGAGGGUCAACGUGUGGUACGCCUGUGUGAAUCCUUACAACUGGACGAGCUACUACCGGACGGCUCUGUCUCAAGGUUUCCGCAGCGGAGCUGAGAGUUGUAUCGUGCUGCUCGUUCUGGCGCUCGGAAAUGCCAGCACCAGAGGGAGCAUAUCCCGUAUCUCUCCCGACGAGGAUCCCCCAGGAAUGUCCUACUUCUCAGCAGCUUGGGGAUUGCUUCCGUCCCUCAUGACGCGGACAACCAUGAUGUCGGCGCAGUGCAGUAUCCUGACGGCGGCAUACCUCUUCUACAUCGUCCGGCCACUCGAGGCGUGGACACUCCUAAGCAGCACGAGCAUGAAAUUACAGCUCCUGCUCAGCACAAAUCCACCGGCGAUGCUGCCAACGGCCAGUCGCGAAUUGAGUGAGCGGGUCUACUGGAACGCUCUUCUCUUCGAAAGUGACCUGCUUGCGGAGCUCGAGCUUCCUCACUCCGGAAUCAACCAGUUUGAGGAAUCCGUAGGCCUCCCUUGCGGCUUUGAAGAAGAGGACGAGGAGCCAGUCGUCGGCGGCCGCGACGAUCUGUGGUACUUCCUCGCUGAAAUCGCGUUGCGGCGGCUCCUAAACCGCGUCUCGCACCUUAUCUACAGCAAAGGAACGAGCACAUCGAUCUCGUCCCUUGCACCUGUGGUGGCCGAGCUGGACUACCAGCUCACACAGUGGUACGAGAACCUACCGACUCCCGUACAGUUCCCCCACAGCCGGAUGCUGCUAUCGAACCCCGUGCAGACAGUGCUUCGCUUGCGGUACUUUGCCUGCAGAACCAUUAUUUUCCGGCCAUACAUCCUUGCCGUCUUGGAGAACGAGAAGCUGGGCCACGAUAGCACCGUUCGGGAGAAUUGCAGAAAGUGCCUCGAGGCGUGCAUUCGCCAGCUGGAGCAUAUAACCGAGCACCAUGCCGGCCACAUGCCGUACCUGUGGCAAGGCGCGCUCUCGAUGGUGUCGCAGUCGCUGCUCGUGAUGGGCGCAACCAUGUCGCCGUCCCUCGCCUCGGUUCUCCCGCCGCCGGACCAGAUGGACGUCAUGUUCCAGGAUGUCAUCGAGGAGGUCGAACGAUACUCGCACCUAGCCCCAAGCCUUCGGAUGUCGGCCGAGAUUAUCCGAGAAGCCGAGGAACGCCGACAGAUGUACCAGCGCAAUCACGGAAUGCGGGUGUAG